AUGUCUUUAGCAGUGCUAGGUCGUGCUUUACGUCAUGCAACCAUAACGAACAAAUCAAUACCCUCGCUGUCAAGCCUACGCUUUUAUGGAACCGAAGACAGUCGUAUAGCGACGAUGGUUCAAAACAACAAAGUUGUCGUUUUCAUGAAGGGUGUACCGGCCGAGCCUCGAUGUGGUUUUAGUAAUGCUGUCGUACAGAUUUUGAGAAUGCACGGCGUUGAAUACGACGCCCAUGACGUCCUCUCCGACGAGAAGCUCAGACAGGGAAUAAAGGACUUCUCUAACUGGCCAACCAUUCCUCAAGUUUUCAUCAAUGGGGAAUUUGUAGGUGGCUGCGAUAUUUUAUUACAAAUGCAUCAAAGUGGAGAUCUCAUCGAAGAAUUGCGUAAGGCAGGCAUUUCAUCAGCACUUCUGGAAGCAGCCUCAAAAGAAAAGUCAGAUUCUGGAAAAUCAGACCCGAAAUAGUUUUUAAAUUAGUUAUCUUUGUUGUGAUUGUAUGUUCAACUGUAACUAUUACAAUCAACUGUUCUUGUCUGAAGUGUUGGCAAACUGUUGAUAGCAUUAAUGGACGAAAGUAAUACAGUGUCAUAAUUAGAUAAGUACUUGUCAUACAGAAAUAAAUCAAACUGCUUUCAUGUUAGAAAUGUAUAUAUUUCAACCAUCAGUUCAGACGUGUGAAUAAAAAUCUCAUGAACUAGGGC